AUGUCUGUUGAUAUUAAAGAUAAGAAAAUAAUUGAAGUGGAAUGGACAGCAGUGAGAGGGCUUCUCAAGAACGCCUUGUUAGCUGAAGAGAUUCCGUGUUCAUCAAUAGAAAUGCGACCAAAGGAAGUCUUCAAAAAGUAUGAGCACAGUCCGAUAUUUGAUGGCAUCCCCUACGGUGACACAUUUAUUCGAAUGCUACGAAUGCUUCGCAAGAAACAAGCUAAUGGAGAUUUGGCAAACGAGACUAAACCCAAGGCAAUAGAGUGGAGGAAAUCAGCAGCCAAACAAGUCUUGAAGGGACACUUCCGCGAGGGGAAAAUUUCACCAAACUAUCAAGAUGCUCAAGAAGUGUGGACAGAGCAUUGCAAGGAUACCGAUGCCUUCAAACGGAUGCAGUGUGAUGAUACAUUUUUUCGGCGUCUUAAAACUGUGCGAGAUGACUACUUGAAAAAAGUAGAAAGAUGCCAAAUGGACCUAGAAGCGUUCACUAUUGCAAAAAAGAAUCAUCCAACACCCAAGAAAAAUUCCCGUGGGGAGCCACAGUGGAACGGAUCUAUUGCUCAGAAUCUUUUGAAGGAAGCGGUCAAAUUAGGCCAUCAUUUAGAGGUGACACCACGAGAUCUUUGGAUUAAAAAGAAGGAAUACCAAGUUUAUUCGCUUCAAACCUUUCGUGAUCACAUCUAUCAAGAACAGCGGCUUCUAAAAUUCCAGCACUAUGUUGGUUCAUUGAAAAAAAAGAAGCUUAGUGAAUUACAAUACUAG